AUGAAAGACAAACCACCCAUCAGCUGCACAAUGCCAAGCAACAGUGGGCAAAAGUUUCUUGUCUUGUUCAUUGAGAGCAUCGUCGAUACAUGUAAACAGGAUCUCGUGAUAACAACAAUGAGCACAGUGGACGUUACUGUCAAGAUAUCAGCUCCGUUACGCCUGGAUCUCCUGCCACAAAUGACGACAACUGUUUACCAAGGAAACUCUUCUUUGAUCAACGUGGCCAGUGAGCUUAAUGUUCUUCAAACCGGGAUCAGCAAUAAUGGAAUCCUCAUAGAGAGUGAUGGAGACAUUACAGUGCAGGGCUACAGCCAGAGUCUCUCUUCAGCAGAUGGAGACAGCACUGGGGGGUUUCAAGCUCUGCCAAUCAGCUCUCUGGGAACAGAAUACAUGGUUACAACAUACUGUGAAGAGUACGUCUGUCAAGUUGCUAUAGCAGCUGUUGUCGAUACCUCUGUAAGGGUCCAGUUUAAAUUGGCCCAACCAUACACAUUAUCAUAUAACCUGAGUCAAUAUGGAGACGGUGAUGUCCUAACGGUCAGCCUCAAGGCUUACCAAGUCCUUCAGCUGCAGAUUGCCACCGACAUGUCUGGAACUAUAAUAACAUCACUGGAUAAAGUGGCAGUUUUUGUUGGUUCGGACUGGACACCAAUAAUGCCAUGGAAAAACGACGGGCUCGGUGACUUCAUGGUUGAACAGAUGCCCCCUCUUAACACAUGGGGAUGUUCUUAUGUUGUGACGUCAUUUCCGGGUCGGUCAUCAUCAGAUUUGGUUACAAUCGUGGCAGCAGAAAACACAGCUGAGGUGACAGAUUCUUCAGGAAGCACCUACACGAUUGGGUACAGAAACAGACAUACUCUGAAUCUUGCUUCGGGAACGUCUCUGUAUCUUAGUUCAACUUCAAGAAUUAUUGUUGCUCAAUUCACCAUGAGCCCUGAACGAUUUGUGACAGAUACAGACCCAAGCAUGCUUCUCGUUCCUCCGAUAGAUCAAUGGAAGACGUCCUAUGAUUUUGAAAUCAUUGAUCUGACUCCCACUAACUUUGUCACAUCAGUAACAAUAUUCGCCAAUACAUCCUGUGUUGGGCUUGUACGUUUGGAUGGGAAUCAAAUACCAUCAGCAACGUGGUCAGGGAUACAAAACACAGAAUUUUCGUCGAGCACUAUUGUUUUGUCCAAUCAAGCCUACAGGAUUGGAACAUCAGAUGUCAGGUGCCAAGGCUUUUCAGGGUACAUUUAUCAAAAGGCGUACAAGACAGCUAUGUCAUUCGCACUUGGAGGAUAUCUUCAAGUAAAUCAUACUGAUUGCAUGCCAUCUGUGACAACAUCUUCAACUACUGUCACCAGUGCAACAUCAACGAGAUCUGUUAACAGCAUUCUCACAUCUGAAGAUAGUCUGGUCCCAACCCUGCAUACAACUGCCCUUCAAACAUCAAACAGCCUUAUGAAACUGUCACAAAGUUCAGAGGAGUCAGUUCCAACGACCAGUGCGAGAGCCCUUUCAGCCCAAAGUUCAGAUCAAUCUCCUGGUGUGUCGAGUACAUCAGUGUUAUCAGUCGAAGCAUUAAGUACCUCCAUCACAAGUUCCCCUGUUGAAACACAGAUCACCUCAGUCGAAGGAUUAAGUACCUCCAUCACAAGUUCCCCUGUUGAAACACAGAUCACCUCAGUCGAAGCAUUAAGCACUUCCUUCACAAGUUCCCCUUUUGAAAUACAGAUCACCUCAGUCGAAGUAUUAAGUACCUCCAUCACAAGUUCCCCUGUUGAAACACAGAUCACCUCAGGCCAGGGCGUGUCAACACAUGAUCCAUCAACGUACGCCUCUGAAACAACAGCACCGAGUAUGGCCACAAACACUGAACAGUCCAGAUCGAUUGAUCAAACAGUGAACAAAACACUGGGAGAAGCAUCGGUAGCUUCUUUGUCUACUGCUGAUAUUAUCACAACAUCCACCACCAGCAUCACUGAUAAGAUGGUCAGUUCUGGUUUUCAAUUUUCAUCAUCUGUGCCUUCAGUCUACUUUGCUUCGAGUGCUCUCUGCAACUGCAGCUGCAAACUUUUUGAAAAUACCUGGGUAGAUGUAGACUUGUUAAAGAGUGCUUUGGCUGUGGAUAAAUCCAUACUAUCCAAGACUAUACGUAAAAGAAUCAGCAUCCCUGAUGACAGACCAAGUGCAGUUACUCUGGGAUGGGUCGGCAUCAUUUUCAUUGUUCUCAUCCUUAUGUUCCUGACAGUUCCUGAUAUAUUUACCGUUCUCGUGUAUGUCUUAAAACCAGGGAAAAAGAUGUAAUACUGUGUAAAUGUGUUUCACAGUAACAGUGAAUCGUAAAGGCCUUUCAGGAUCACUGUUAAGAUGUGUCACCAUGAUCUGCAUGGAUCUUUGACAUAUUGUUUUUUUCUAAUGGGGGCCAAAUGUACAGGUAUAUACAACGUAAGUCACACCAAAUAGAAACAAACAAAUGCCCGAAUAAAAGAAGUCCGUGGUUCAGUUAAAUUGUCUUUGACAUAUCUGUCAGAAGAGAUCUUUUUAAAAUGAAUCAAAGUUUAACUAUUCAGCUAUGUGAAAGUAUUUUUCAUUUCAUUUGGAAACAGUUUACAAAAGCAUAAUUCGACCAACAAUCGAUACUAUUGUUAUAUGACAGUGUAAAUAUUGUUUGUUUGAUAGGCAUU